AUGAAUCAUUUUGAGGAAGCUGUUUACUUUUUUGACUAAGCUUUAAACAUCGAUUCCAUUAAUUAUAAUUUCCUCAAAUGCAAAGGUAAAAAAGUUUUUUAUUUUAUUAUUUAUUUUAGACAAUGCAUUAAUUAAUUUGAAUCAUUUGGAAGAAGCUAUUGAAUUCUAUGAUAAAGCUUUGCACAUCAAUCCUAAUAGUUUUGAUCUGCUCAAUAACAAAAGUAAUUGAGUUUUCUUUAAUUUUAGGCUUAGCCUUAUUGGUACUUAUUUAAUGAUUAUAACUAUAUAAAUUGUCUCGCUUUUGGAGGCUAUUUAGUUUUACGAUAAAGCUUUAAAUAUAAUUCCUGAUGAUUGUGAUGUCCUCAAUAAUAAAGGUAUUUGAGUUUGUCAUUUUGUUUUUAAUUUUAGGCAAUGCAUUAUAUGGUUUGAGUUGUUUUGAGUAAGCUAUAAAAGUUUAUGAUAAAGCUUUAAGCAUCAAUCCUAAAUUUUUUGAAGUGCUCAUUAACCAAGGUAAAUUAGUUUUUCAUUUAUUUAAACCUUAGAUUUAGCAUUGAAUGAGUUAAAUCAUUUUGAAGAGGCUAUUAAAUUUUUUGAUAAAUCUUUAAAUAUUAAUCCUGAAGAAUAUGAUGUGAUAAAUAACAAAGGUAAAAUAUGUCUUUCGAUUUAUAUUUAUUUUAGCCGUAGCUUUACUUAAACUAAAUCAUUCUUAGCAAAGCCUAAAGAUACUGAUAUGUUUAAGAAAAAGGUAAAGGAAGUUUUACAUUUUGUAUAUAAUUUUAGGUAAUGCAUCACUUAAAAUAAAUCAAUUUGAGGAAUCUAAUUAAUAAUAAGAUAAUUUUUAAACCUCAAUUAAUAAAAUAAGGAAGCACAUUCACAUAGGCAUAGUAUUAAAAACAUAAUGA